ACUUGGGCUGCUGCGGUUCGGGCUGCUGGAGGAAACAUGACCUUCAGCAAUUUGUCUGCAAAACGACUCGGUGCAGAGCUGUGCUAGGGGCUGCCUUCACUGCAGAUCUUUGCAGUGUGGCUGGUUAGCCGGUCUAUGUCAGACGCUAGAUGUCGCCUGCGGAAGAAGAGAAGAGCUUGCCUCUGUCAGAGAGAUGGCCCCGGGCCAGCAAAUUCGCUCUGUCAGCCUGUGCAGCGGCUGUGGCAGAACUAGUGACAUUUCCCCUGGAUCUCACAAAAACUCGACUGCAGGUCCAGGGUGAAGCUGCUGCUCACCGCAGCGGAGGUGCUGCUGGCCAGACAGUCCCUUAUCGUGGCAUGCUGCGCACCACGGCUGGCAUUGUGCAAGAAGAAGGCUUACAAAAGCUCUGGCAAGGAGCCACACCAGCUGUCUACCGCCACAUAGUGUACUCUGGUGUCCGGAUGGUUGUGUACGAACAUCUCCGUGACUCUGUGCUUGGCAGAGCUGAGGAUGACAGCUUUCCUCUCUGGAAAGCUGUAGUUGGAGGCAUGUCUGCAGGUGCCAUUGGACAGUUUUUUGCCAGCCCAACUGAUCUGGUAAAGGUGCAGAUGCAGAUGGAAGGAAGAAGGAAGCUGGAAGGAAAGCCAUUACGGUUUCAAGGAGUGCACCAUGCAUUUAUGAAGAUCUUGUCGGAAGGAGGAAUACGGGGCCUUUGGGCUGGAUGGGUUCCAAAUGUCCAGAGAGCUGCCUUGGUGAAUAUGGGAGAUCUGACCACUUAUGACUCAGUGAAACACUUUUUGCUUCUGAACACACCACUUGUGGACAACAGCCUGACUCACAGUGUUGCCAGUUGCUGUUCUGGCCUGGUAGCUGCCAUUCUGGGAUCUCCAGCUGAUGUGGUCAAGACCCGGAUAAUGAACCAGCCAAGAGACAAGCAGGGAAGAGGCCUGCUGUAUAAGUCUUCCAUGGACUGCUUGAUUCAAAGUGUACAGGGUGAAGGGCUUAUGUCUCUAUACAAAGGCUUUAUACCAACCUGGAUGCGAAUGGCUUCUUGGUCAAUGGUGUUCUGGCUUACAUAUGAACAGAUCAGAAGGAUCUAUGGAGUGAGUUCUUUUUAAAAUCAUGAAACCACUUCAAAACAAAGAAAAAAUGGAAGACUGAAUUCUCAUUCCACAAGGCAUCCCAAUCCCAAUCCUGAAGACUGGGAGUAGGAUCACAUGUAUAGGUUGCUGCCCCUAAUCCAGUCCUUAGUGGUUAGGAGCAACUAUGACUUAAGGAUCCUAUUUGCUUGUCAAACUGCUGUAUGAAAUUUUUCUACAGGAUAAAAUUGUCACAGUAACACUUUAUCUGGCAGCCAGCAUCAGCUUUCUGUAACAGUAAACAGAGGUAAAAAACCCCCAAUAUUUACCAAACAAGUAGAAUGCAAUACUGUUCACUUGUCUGACAACAGCGAUAGUUCAUCUUGUAAAGGAAAAGAGCAGGUUGACAACCCAUCACUGAACGUCUUCCAUGGCUAAGCAGUCCAUAAAAUUAGAUGAGAAGUUUUGGUUUUAUUACAUUUACAUACAUGUGGACUACCUCUUGUUAGUUUGCUGUCUCAGCAAACCAAGGUUGUGGUGCUAGGACCAAAAAAAGAUUAAAGCAGUUUACCCAGUUUCAAAUUUGUUUUGCACAAAAGGUGGAAGUGUUUGUGUUCCUCCUAGGUCCCAGAGACCACCUGACCUGCACUCAACCAUCUGAAUAACAUCCAUGAAUGAAAUGCAGUCCUGUACCCAGGGAAUCAAAAGUCUAGUUUUUGCUCUGUCUCUCUUUAGGGCUUUACAAUACACAUGGUGUCCAUAGAACUAAGUUAAACUACUCGUCCUGUAACAAUCACAAUGCUGACAUGACAGACUGAGUCAUUAAGGUACCACUUUUUCAUGGAAAUACAGACAGUGCCCACUUUCAGUCUAGGUGGAAGUCUAAUUUUUUUCUUCAAUACCACAAAAUGUUUGCAUAGGAAUGAUUUCUGGUUUUUAAACCUAAAGCUUUCCAGAUUUUAUAGGAUAGGGGACUGCUGCUGUUUGUCACUAAGCUUAUCUUUGGCAAUCAGGAAGCAAAAAUGCAAGAUGAAAGCAAUGAUAACGUAGACAGAACUAAGCUGUUUUGAUUUAGCAGUGUCUCAUAAUGAAAUAGUUGUACAAGAUGUAGCACUCUGAGUAAGUAAGAUUUCUUCUAGACUAGCAUGCAGCUAGAAUCUUCAGUGAGUUAGUUUCUGAUUAAAUACACUUUGGGCAUCUCUUGGCUUGCACUUACACUUUUUGAUUGUAUGGUAGAUCUUUUGUGGCUGCACGCAUUUGGGUGUGUGAUUCUAGCCUGGGAAGGAAAAUAUUCUCACCAUUAUUAGGUGGUAAUACUGCUAUUUUUCUAGUUAUCAGCCUGAGAAACUAAUCCAGUUGUUUCCUUCUUGCACACCAUCACCAGCAAAUAUAAACCAGCAGUCAAAGCUGCUUCCUCAGUUACACCCUGAGUAGCCCUGCCUACAGUCCUGUUACAAAGAUAACUCUGGUGAUGGAUAUGCAAGAGUACUGAAUCUACUGAGGUUUUAAAAAUGUACUUUUAGAAGUCUUUUAGUAAAAAACGUUUUUAAUCUAAAUUCAGCUCUUCAUGAAACACAUGUGCUGGUUCCUAGUCUUUCUCUCCUAUCAGGUAGUGCUGAGAGAGUUCAGGUUGUUCAGCCUCAAGAAGGCUGCAGGAACACCUUCUUGCUGCCUUUCAAUGCUUAAAAGGAGCUUAAGAGAAAGAUGGACAUAAUCUUUUUAGCAAGGGCUUGUUGUGACAGGAAAAGAGGUGAUGUUUUAAAAAUAAGCCAGAGGAGAUUUAGAAGGAAGAAAUCUUUUAGAGUGAGGGUGGUGAAACACUGGCACAGGUUGCCCAGAGAAGUGGUAGAUGUCUCAUCCCUGGAAACAUUCCAAGUCAGUUUGUCUGGGGCUUUGAGAAAUCUAACUGAAGAUGCUGCAGGGAAUUUGGACUAGAUGACCUCUAAAGGUCCCUUCCAACCCAAACCAUUCUAUGAUUUCAUGUUUAAAAAUAAAUAAAUAAUGUGAAUAAGAAA